AUGUCACUCGACCAUUUUCGUCCACCGGCUAAGAAGUUAAAAACGAUAGAGUCAUUUUUCAAGCCUAAAAGGGGUGAUAAAUCAAGUGAGCUGCUUCCUUCUACUGACAAUGUUGGCAUGCCUACAUCAUCACACCAUGAACAUGGUACUUCUCAGCAGCAAAAGAAGCCAUCAUAUGCUCAACCAACUAUAUCUAAUAAAGCCAAAGAAGUUGCAGUUCAAAGAAAUGGAGGUACUUAUGAGCGUGAUCCAGGUUUGCGGGGCCAAAUUUAUGAAUAUCCAGUGAAUCAACGUGAUGAGGUACGUCGAGCUUAUUUAAAACAGGGACCUUUCAAACCUAGAUUAUCCAAAUAUCCUCUUACUUGGGAUGGAAGACAAGAUCGUUAUUUUCAAUAUAGUUGGCUGAGACAGCAUUCAUGGCUAGAGUACUCUGUCGAAAAGAACAAAGCGUAUUGCUUCCCUUGCUUUAUUUUUGAAACGGAUCCACCUAAGCGUCCUGCAUUUACAAUAGAAGGUUUCUCAUAUUUCAAGCAUAUUGGUUCUAAUAAGACGGUAUCUACAUGUUCAUUUGUUCAACAUGUUGGACAUAUCAAAUCUUCUCACAUGGUAGCUGUGGAAGCUUGUGAAAAUCUUCGGAGGCCAUCUCGCCAUUUUGAUAGAUUUUUUCGUAAACAAAGUAAGGAGAUUAUAGAAAAGAACAAUCUACGACUAAAGGUAGCAAUUGAGACAGUUAGAGUGCUUGGUCUUCAUGCAUGUCCUUUUGGAGGUAACAAUGAGUCAUUAGAGUCAACAAAUCGUGGUAAGUUUAUUGGUUUGAUGAAAUAUGCAGCCAUAUUGAGUGACAAGAUUGUUGAAGUUGUCUUAGGAAAUGCACCUGGAAAUGCAAUGUAUACUUCACCGAAGAUUCAAAAGGAAAUUCUACAUAUUCUCGCUAACAAGGUAAAGGAUACUAUUCGUGCAGAAAUCAGAGAUGCUAAAUUUUGUAUUCUUGUAGAUGAAGCACAAGAUUCAUCAGUUCAAGAGCAAAUGGCUAUUGUUCUGAGGUUUUUUGAUACUAAUGGUUGCAUUAGAGAGCGGUUUUUUGCAGUCAGAAGUGUUGAGGACACCACGUCAUUAACUUUAAAGAGGGAGAUUUCCGAAGCUCUUGCUUCACAUGGUCUUUUAGUAGAAAAUAUUCGGGGUCAGGGGUAUGAUGGUGCUAGUAAUAUGAGAGGAGCAUGGAAUGGGUUGCAGACAUUGUUUCUUAGAGAUUGUCCAUAUGCUUAUUAUUUACAACUAGCAUUAGUAGAAGCAGAUACAGAUGAGCAAGAUGUUUAUCUGUUUUUUGAGAAGUUAAAGGUUAUUGUCAAGCUUGUUGGGGCUUCUCCUAAGCGUCACAGUCAAUUGAAAUCUGCAGCAGUAUUAGAGGUCGCCACAAAAUUAGCUGAUGGUGAACUUGAGACUGGUUCGGGAGCCAAUCAAACUCGUACUUUGAAACGGGCAGCAGAUACUCGUUGGAGCUCACAUUUUGGUUUUGUAUUCAGUUUGAUCCGUAUGUAUAAUCCAGCUUGCAUAGUCCUUCAAAAUGUUAUGAAAGAUGGAAACACCUCUAAGAUAAGGGGGAUGGCGAAAGGUGCUUAUCUUGCAAUUAGGUCUUUUGAGUUUGUUUUUAUCUUACACUUGGUGGGAAGUGUUAUGGCGGUAACAGAAGUGUUAUGUCAAGCUCUGCAAAAGAAAACACAAGACAUUGUUAAUGCCAUGAAUCUGGUCAAAUCGAUAUAUGAUGGGUACGGGUCGUUCUUGUCAGCAGAAAGACCAUAUGAUGUCAUUGAUUUUCACCUAUUGGAGCUAAGCAAUCGAUUCACAGAGGAAUCAAUGGAGCUACUUGUGCUUUGUUCAGCUUUCAAUCCGGAUGAAAAUUAUAAAGCUUUUGACGUUGAUUCCCUUUGCAGUCUCGCAGAAAGGUUUUACCCUGAUGAUUUCACGGGGCAAGAGUCAAAUGCCUAUGAUUUGAUAGAUAGAUUAAUUCGCCUUGUCUUUACUCUUCCCGUUUCAACAGCUAGUGCAGAAAGGGUAUUUUCAUGUAUGAAUAUUGUGAAAACGGUACCUCUUAACAAGAUGGGUAAUGAGUUUCUUGGAGAUUGUAUGAUAGUCCAUGCUGAAAGAGAAAUUACUGAAAAAGUGUCAUGUGACUCUAUCAUAGAUGACUUUGCUUCAUUGAGACCACGAAAGGUCCAAUUCUCGUUGCAGGAUAUUGGUCAAGGUGUGAAGGUGGAUGAGAAGAAGUGUGUCCCAAAAAGAGGAAGAGUGGUUACUGCAAAGGUUCUGGUAGACUUUGACAAACCAUUAAAGAGAGGAGUAUGUAAUUUUAAUGUGGCUAAGAAAAAGAAAGAACUUGAAGAUAUCUCUGGUAAUAUGCAUGAUAACACUAGUAAUAGUGUUAAGGAAAGUUUAGAAGAGAUUGAAUUUCUAGCUGGUUCCAAUAUACCAAUUUCCCAAGGGAAUGUCAGGAAAAGUCAAUAUGGGGGAGCUCAAUCAAUCCACAGGAUAGCUCAGGCUGAAGCUUUAGCAUCCCUUGCAGCUAUAAAGUGGGCAAAAACUGAAGCAGUGGAGAAUUUACAUUUAGAGGGUGACUGUCUUAGUGUAGUCAAAGCCAUCAACAACAUUGUAGGGAGUGCCAGAUGGAAAAAUAAUAAUGUUAUUCAAGAUUGCAGAACUCUGUUAGGGAGUUUUACAAGUUGGAAAUGCACAUUUGUGCAUAUAGAUUCUAAUGAAGUAGCAAAUAGUCUAGCUAGAAGGGCUAGAAACUCAAGAUUAGAUGAGUUUUGGGCUACAACCUUUCCUGUUUGGCUAAAAUCUCUUAUUAGAAAUAUUAAUGAAUUGUGA